CGAAAAGAAACAAAAUCAUAACAAUAAUAGUUUAACCUAAACCCUGAUAUUUGGCUCUACCGUGUCCUAGCCUCUCCUCUUUGUAUAAAUAGCCGUUACUCUUUUUCACAUGAUUUUCACUACCAACAACACUUAGAGAACAAGCAGAGGAAUAUAACUUUUUUUUUCUUUUUCCUUUUUGCUUUUUUACAACCAAAAAAAUAAAGCAAGCCGUAGAGAGCAAGAGACGGUGUAAAGAUGCACUACACACGCAUCUCGCCGGCUUUAGUACCAUCUCUAUCACCAACCGCCGCGGCUGAAUCUAGCGGUGGUGGGACGAUGAUAGCUACUGUUUUCAUGGCCCUUCUCCUCCCCUGCGUCGGCAUGUGCAUCGUCUUCCUAAUCUAUCUAUUCCUCUUGUGGUGCUCCACACGGCGUCGUAUCGAACGCCUUCGAUUUGCUGAACCGGUUAAACCGGUCACAGGUAAAGGCCUUUCGGUGUUGGAGCUCGAGAAAAUCCCUAAACUCACCGGAAGAGAGCUAGCCGUAAUAGCUAGAUCAACGGAAUGUGCUGUUUGCCUUGAAGAUAUAGAGAGUGGUCAAUCGACUCGUCUAGUUCCCGGUUGCAACCAUGGGUUUCACCAAUUAUGUGCUGAUACGUGGCUAUCUAACCACACGGUUUGUCCAGUUUGCCGCGCCGAGCUGGCUCCGAACCUACCUCAAUGUAAUGAAAAUCAAAGUCCAUGUUAGAAACAGAAUUUUCAAAAACAUUCUUUCCUUCUUUUUUACUCGUUUUGUGUACUUCUCUUGUUUUUCCCUUUUCUUAGUUUUGUGUAAGCGUUAUAGAGAGAGAAGUUUCCAGGUUGUAACUAGCCUUGUUGUUUUUUUUUGUACAUGAAAUUAGUUUUAGAGUAAAUUACGAAAUUUACAGUUAUGUCAUUGUAUUUACAACAAUUUUUCUUCAACCAUUACAAUAAGUAUAUCAAUGAUAGAGUUAAACUUUGGGUCCAACAAAAAAUAAAUAAA